AUGUGUGAUUGGUCGGUUGGCUUCGUCCUCUUUGUCACCUCCCUUGUGGAUCCGUUGGAUAUGUCAGCUCCUUCGAUUUCAAAAUUGAUAGCAAUUCAAGAACAUCAAAUCUAUCUUUCACUUUCUGUAUCCAUUCAAGUUCAGAUAUUUAAUUUUGUAUAUCAAAUCAAUAGAAUACACACAGACGAUUCAUGUCUUCAAAGAGAAUGUGAUUUUCAUGAGCGUAAAUCACUCUAUCAUAUGAUAUUGUAUGGUAGAACAGAUCUAUUCUUCAAGUAUGCAGAGUAUCAAGUUGUACCAGAAUCAAUCGCCAAUGAUAAACCGUCAUCGAUGGUGUCAAACAAGCAAAAGAAUAAGAAAAAGGAAAAUGUUAGUCUGAUCGAUAUGUUACCAGAAUCCGAUUCAAUUCUUUUGAAAGCAGCAUUUAGGUGUUGUAAUCUCAAAGUAGUAGAGUACCUACUCAGUAGAAGACCAGAUCUAUCUAUCUCCGAAGGUGCACAUGAACCAACUCAGUUACAAGUAGCCAAGAGUGGAAAUCUACAGUUAUUGCGACUGUACGCCCAGAAUUCGCUAAGAGCAUUGACCAGUAGCGUAGCAAAACCAUCAUCGACGAUAUUGUCCAACAAUAUUCUAGGUUAUUUCAAGAUUGCUAUUUCCAUUGGAAUCGAAAAUGGUGAUCUGCCAUUGCUCAGGAUAAUAGUCGACGAAUGUAGAGCAGCUCUGGUGAAUGUCGAUAAUUAUAUGAUGGGUAAAAUCAAGUAUUUACAUCGAAUCGAUCUAAGAGAGUUGAGUAAAGAUGAAACACUCACCCACCAGACUUUGGAUUUCUGUUUAGAGAAUGAUAUCCUUGGUAGUCAGUGUUGGAGAUUAAUAAUUAGCGGUGCGAUAUCCGGUGGAAAUUGGAGUGUACUUCGUUUUAUAGUCGAUAGGAAACUUCAACACUACUUAAUGGAGGAGAUCGAUUUUGUGCGGAUGCCUACCAACCAUAUUUCUAGACACGGUAUGGAGAUGGUGGAAUUUAUCAUUGCCAACUGGCCAGAUCUACAAUUCAAUAUGGAUUCAAUGAUGGAUGCAAUCAAAGCCGAUCGACUCGAUAUCUUUAAGGUGAUGUACCAACAUUCCGGAUCAUUGAUAAGUGUACCGCAAUCGCUAAACUACGCUUUGCGUACCGGUAGUAAAUCGAUCAUCGAUUACAUCCUAACAGAGUUGUCCAGUCAUAUCAGAUCACCACUGCCAAUACAACAAGUUCAUCCAAGUCUACUAUCGAAAGAGUUUUUUAAAGAUCCAAUUGUACAGAAAUAUUUUAUAUUCUCAGGUUCACAUAUGUUAAAGGAUAUCAUUGAAUUUGACCAUAGCAGAGAGUUGGUCAAUUACAUUCUAUCGUUGGAGAUGUCGACGGAUAAUAGGCCAUUUAUGACAAAUCUUUCAAUCGAUUGGAACCAAGGAAUGAUGAAAGCAUUCGAACAAUUAGACCUGGAAUUAGUCAAAACCAUAUUGGAAAUCAAGCCGGAUGUCAAGUAUACUUACCCUCUGGUUGAUCCAUCUACUGUCGAUAGUUCCAAGUAUUUAAUGAUCAUCGAAGUGCUGGCAUCGUCUGGUGUAACAAUCAAUUUCGAUCAUCUACCAUUAAUCCUACUCAAAGCCAAACAAUAUCCAUAUAUUAUGGCGAUUCUAAAGGUACUGGAUAACAACAAUCACAACUAUUACUCUAAGUUCAAUAGUAAUUUAACUGAUUCUGCUAUUGUCCAAGGUCUUUCCAUUGAGUUUAUCGACUAUCUCCUUGGACUGCCCAUACCCAAUAUCAAUAGUAAAGAUUCACUGUCAUACGCCAUCAAAAGAAGAGAUCUUCCACUGAUUAAACUUCUACAUCAGAGUCACCAGGUCCCAUUCAGAAGUAGAGAAUUCCAAUCUUUUUUGGAGUUAAAACAAGAUGAUUUAAUAGAUAGACUGAUCAUCGAUUAUUGUGAACCGAAAUUACUUGAAUCGAUGUCGAUAUCGUGGAUUUCAGUGGCAUUAUUAACUUCAUUGGAAAUGAAACGAUUGGACUAUGUUAAGAAAUUAAGAGAUUAUAUCGACUGGGUACCCAAUCCCUUCCAAAAUCUUUAUAUGGAUAUUGGUAAAAAUCAUAGAUUGGUCAUCUACAAAAAUCCAGAGAUACUCGAUAUCCUUGUAGAUAUAAUCAUAGAAUUUGUGAAUAUAGACACUCUACUUAGAAAUAUACUGUCGGAUGAUACCUCCAAUUUCGACUGUUUUAUGUUUGUUUACAAUGCAUCAAUAGAAAAGCUACAGCGGCUUCCAUGUAUUUUCGGUUUUGAGGAUGGUGAAGAAGAUGAAUUCGAUGACGAUGAACAAGAAUCAGUACACAUCCCAACAUGCGAAAAUACUCAUCCAAAUUCGGCACUUGUCAAAAACAACAAGUACAAAGAAAUAAGAGAACUCAUCAAAAGAAAACAUAUAAGAAUAGGAUCUCCUUUCCUAAAUUUAAUUAGUGAAACAGCAAUCCAACAUGGAUACUUAAAUAUAUUAGAUAUAAAAAUGUAUUAG